AUGAGUAUAAAGUUGGACGAGUGGAAUAAUUGGAAACAUCAUAGGAAGCAAAAUCGAAAGCAAGUUCCACCAUCAACCUUGGUCAAUGGAAACAUUGGGCCUCGAGCUGUUCAUCUUCUUGCUAUAAAGGAGGGUAUAAGAAUUUUUGAUAAUGCUUCAACUGCAUACAGAUUACCCUUUGUUGAUUAUGUUGCCUUAUAGUUUUUGGUUGGAUGAGUGAGUGAUGAUGCUUCAUGUGCAACUUUAGACUUAUUUGACUUUACUUAGACUUUUGUUUAAAAGAAAUCAAAAUAUUGAUGAACAACAAUGAAAUUAUUAUUAUUUUCUACGGACUACAAUUAAAUUAGUUUUUUAUUUAUUAUUAUAGCGAAAAAUGUGUUGCUAUAAGUAGCAUGAACUCUAGAAUCACAUGUAAUUAGCGGUUAAAAAAUAUAUACCAAAAAAUAUUUUAUUGUAUUGUGGCAAACAAAAAAAUGCCACUAAAGUAG